AUGCUGCACGUGCCACCGCCGCUGAUGGACAAGGUGUCCAGUCACACUGCAUGGACCUACAAUAAACAGGGAGGAUGGUCUGUCAUUGAGAGAGGAAGCCGUAUCAGACCAGAAAGAUCGAACCGUCGUAAUGUCCAAAAGCUUACUUGGCGAAACUCAGAUUGGGUGAAAGGGUUUCCAAAAGACAUGGACAGUCGGGUAGCCAGCAUGACGAUAGCUGAUGUUAGUCCGGGAGUUGCCAUACAAAGGGUCAUCUUUCUAUACGAUAAUUUCCAAUAUCGUGAGGCUGCUAAUUUCAUCAAUCGUUUAAACUAUUCCACAUUUAAAGCCAUCUUAGCAGAGCUUCCAAUCGAUGUCUUCGUGGACGCCGUCCCCCACAGUUUACCAGUUCUAGAAGCUCUGUACGCAAAGGUGUUUUUGUCUGACGGCUUGAACUUCACUGUAAAGCUUCUUCGGCCACAAGGAGUGGUCAUGCAAAUGGUCAAACUUUUCGCUCAGCAUGAGGACACCCAGAACUCCAGCAGUAUUCCUGUGGAGCUAGACGUUUCACACCCAUAUGUAUCUUCUUGUAAGAAACUUUUGAAGGUUAUUGUACUGUCAGAACCUCAUACAAAGAAACAAUUGCAUGGCCGCAAGAGGGCACUUGACAAAGCUAUUGCUGGCCUAGGGCAACACGGCAUGGUGGGUACCUCAGAUGAUACUCUGAUGAAUCUUCACGAUGCUCUGAAGAUGGAGUUUGAGCGUGUUAUCCACCAAUAUAAGAUUGCAGUACAGAAGUUGGACGAAUUAAGCCUAGCUCCCAAACAGCCCGUAGCACGGUCUCUCUCACAUGGUCCAGCACCAACCAAAGCAAGUCAUCAACGGCAGCUUAGUCUUAGGCAAGAUGAAAUCCAAGAACGAUUGAUUAAAAAUAAAUCCCUUCUGAACGUCAUCGAGCCCACUCUCACUAACCACUCCUUGGAAAUGCUGUUGAACGUAUUACAGAAGCGUAUCGAGUUCGAUAAAGACGUUCUCUUCCAGUUCACCCAGCUACGUAAAGAAAUUAAAGAUGUCAACCUCAGCUCAAUUGUCGCUCCAGUGUUGAUGAGGUUCUCUCACGGUUGCAAAGAAGUCUUGGAUUUAAUGAAAGAAGUGGCGGACGAUGAUGACGAUGACAGCAGUGACAUCUCUGGCUACCACAGUGACUCAGACUCAGCCAUUGUGAUGAUGAGUGGAAACUCACCCUAUGCUUCUGGGAAUAGACAGUACAACAUCUUCAAUCGUUCCGUCAAAGCCAGUACUAAUACGAACUCUAGAACCAGGUACCUGCUGACACUACAGUUCUCUAGCCGGAACAUCCUUUGUCGGUCUCAAGCAUCGACAAAAACCAACAUAUCCACGACAAGCGUCAACAAUUCUGAAGUCGAAAACCUUAGUGAUCCCUGGGAAGUACACUCCCUUAGAAAAGAAGUAGAUUUCCUCCGUUCUGAGCUAAGCAAAGCCCGUCAAACCAUCGCUGCGCUAGAGGAGCGGGAGAAGACUAUGAAGGACAGACUAACAGAGCAAGCCCAGAAACUAUUGGAUAGAGGUGUCAGGUUUGAAGAAGUAUGUCUGAAGGAGAAUCGACCUGUGGCCUUAGUUCGUCGUUAUGGUAACCUUUAUGCUCAAGCUAGAGUGGACACACUUGACGCCUUGGACAGUCUACCGGAGCUGCGAGAUGGCGAUGAACUGAAGUCGAAGUUGUUAUUCUCAGUUGUUGUGCUGUCGUUUCGUUCAGUUCAGAAGACACUGCUGGAAAUCAAAGCCAGUAUUCGUCAUAUUCUACAAAUUCCAGAACUUCCAAGUCACGAUGUAAACAGGGAAUCAGGCGAUGUAGAAUUGAGCAUCAACAAUUAUCUCCGAAGUUCAAGUGACAGGUUUGACUUAAGAAAACAUGUCGAGGAAGUCUGCUCUCAGAUCUGGGCUACGCUGUACGAUUACCCGUGUCUGAAGAACUGUGAGGGUCUCAUCGAGUACGUCCGGGACUGUAUCCGGCUAGCAUGGGGCUUGAGUACCCAGGCACCACCUUUCGUCAUUGACUACGAAAGCAGAGUAUUCAGGAGGGACAUGCACGUGAGAUUUCAUUCAUCUAAUCAAGAAUCAAACCAGGUGAAAACCUACCUUUGGCCCUCCCUCUUAGAAGGCAUCAAUGGACCCUGUGUCCAUAAAGGGGUAGUUGUCACGUGA